AUGGGCGUGCCCGAGAGUGAUAGCACUAGUGACUUAGUGCAGUACCAAAUAGAACUUCAUCGUAAGCUUAAGAUGGCCAAAAUGAUAAGAGCCGAGAAAAAGAUCAAAGGACUCUAUCAAUCAGCCCAAAGAACACUUUAUGCCCUGGGUUUAGAUCUAAAUAGAUUGCCGCCUCCAUCUAUGGACCCAUACAUCGAGAGAAGCCAUAAGGAAGAGAUUUUGCAAGAAAUCAAAAACAUUGAUCAAAGUGAGCACCAGGUCUCAGUUGAAGAAGAGACAAAACGAGUCUACGAAGAGAUUUGUAAAAAGUCUAUUCCUAAAGUCCAUAAGGCCCUAAUUAGUCUUAUCUUAACCAGACAAGCCCAACACCGUAAGAUAAGUACAGUCUGUCAACGUGAGUUAAAGAGAGCUCUAGCUAAGACUUCUAAGACCAACCCAGUUCUUAAAGGUAAACGGAUAACCAAAGAGUUACAACAGUUCUUCAAACGAUGUGAAAGAACAAUCCGAGAAAAGAGACGUAAAGAAGAGAAAGAAGACUAUGAACGGCGUAAGAAAGAAGAAGAAGAGGAAGAAGAAGCAAGACAAGCCAAAAAACUAGACUUCCUCAUUACGCAAACAGAACUCUUCUCCCAUUUCAUUCUAGGCAAACGACCGGCCGGCGAUGCCCCACCAACCGAUCUAUCUACUGAUCCGGCAACAGACGAACAGACUAGACUUACACUCGAAGCCGCCGAGAAGCACAAACGAGCAGUUGCCGAGUUCGGUACUACGCCUAUCCCCAAAGGCACCAAGCCAGGAGUUGCUAUAGAUAGUGGUGGUGGUAUAGAUGGUGGUAGUGGUAGUGCUGGUAGUAGAGAAGGAGAAGGAGUGAAUGAGGGUGGCAGUGGAGGAGGAGAAGCCCCUGUGUAUAACAACUCAAUCCUGCCUAUUUCCCAGGGGGUGGCUAUUCCUAGUAUUUUGAGAUGUACGUUGAAAGACUACCAGAAAAGAGGUCUGGAAUGGCUGAUUAGUCUGUAUGACCAAGGGAUUAAUGGUAUGUUGGCUGAUGAAAUGGGUUUAGGCAAAACUGUUCAAGCUAUUUCCUUCUUGGCUUACUUAGCUGAGAAAGGAGGUAAUUGGGGUCCUUUUCUGGUGGUAACUCCGGCCUCUACUUUGCAUAACUGGGAACAGGAGUUCACUAAGUUUGUGCCUACUUUUAAGGUAGUCUCUUACUGGGGAACAGUAGCCGAUCGGAAGGCCCAGCGGAAGUCUUGGCAGCAAAGGAAGUUGCAUAAGGAAGAGUCGCCUUUUCAUGUAGUGAUUACUUCUUACCAACUAGCUGUGACAGAUGAGAAGUACUUUAGUAAGAUAAAGUGGCAGUAUAUGGUUUUAGAUGAAGCUCAGGCUAUUAAGAGUAGUAGUAGUGCCCGUUGGAAGACACUUUUAUCCUUUAAAGCUCGAAGUAGGUUGCUUUUGACCGGAACGCCUAUUCAGAAUACGUUACAUGAACUUUGGGCUUUAUUGCACUUCAUUAUGCCGACUCUGUUUGAUUCUCAUGGCGAGUUCUCAGAAUGGUUUAAGAUUGAAGAUGGAGAUAGUGUAACUGAAGCAGCUAGAUUAAGAAUGGUCUUACAACCGUUUAUGUUAAGACGGGAGAAGAAAGAUGUAGCUGAUGAGUUAGGACAGAAGAUAGAAAAGACUAUUAUCUGUGAACUAUCUCCCAAACAAAAACGGUUGUAUGAAGGUAUUCAAAUGCGAGCUCCCAUGGCUUCCUUUUUAGAUAAUGCCUUGCCUGAUGAUUUAGAGGGAAUGGAAGGAUUAAUGAACUUAGUUAUGCAGUUUAGGAAAGUAUGUAACCAUCCGGACUUAUUUGAGAAGAAAGAAACCUCAACGGGUUGGUGCCAGCCGCCUAAUCAGAUAUACAUUCCUCAAGUCUUAGCUCCUUUAGCCUUUUAUCCAGUAGCUAGAGUUCCAGGCCAGUUCUUACUGGAGACGCACCCGGCUUAUGACCGGAAGCGAUUUUGGUGUUCAACGCCGGAUGUGAAACGAAUGAAGUUAGAACCGAGUUUAAGUGAGGAUUUAGUGGGCGCACUGGAAACAGCUUGUAUGCCGCGUUGUAUUCCUCCGAAGCAGGUAGCUAUUUCUCCGGCCUAUGUACCGACAGCCGCGGACUUACCGGUGGACUUACGGGCCGAAUUACCUACGCCACCCGUAUAUGUACCAUCUAUGGGCCGGUUUGUGAGUGAUAGUGGCAAGUUAUGUGUUCUGGAUACUUUACUGCCUAAGCUGAAGGAAGAAGGGCAUCGGGUGCUGAUGUACUUCCAGAUGACUAAGAUGAUUGAUUUAUUUGAAGAGUACUUAAUGGUACGUAACUAUUCGUACUUGCGUUUGGAUGGCAGUAGUAAGAUUGCUAAUCGGAAAGAGUUAGUGAAAGACUGGCAAUCAAAUGCCGAUCGGUUUAUUUUCUUGCUUAGUACUCGUGCGGGAGGUUUAGGGAUUAAUUUGACGGCGGCUGAUACGGUUAUUUUCUAUGAUAGUGACUGGAAUCCAACUGCCGAUCAGCAGGCCAUGGAUAGAGCGCAUCGGCUUGGCCAAACGAAGCAGGUUACUGUAUAUAGACUGAUAACUGCUGGCACCAUUGAGGAGCGUAUAAUGGAGCGAGCCGGGGUCAAGGGCGAAAUUCAGCGCAUGGUCAUUAAGACCCGGGACUAA